CUGUAGUGCUGUUCAGUGAAUGAUCACAGAAGUACACUUGACACAAGCAAUAUUAUUGGUGCUUUCCCUCCAGUUCAGUAAGGGUGGAAAAAAGAGUAUUUUGAGUUGAAGUAUUUUGGGUAGUGGUCAUUAAUGUGUUAUUUUCCAGCUCUCUUGAGCAAACCAGAAAUUUUAUCUCUAAGGUCAUCCCAGACCCACAGCUGUUUUCAAGCUAUCCUGCCUACUCAAGAGUCUUUUGGAAACCUUAGGAAGAUUCUUUGAGUUGAAAUAGGACUUUUACUUCACAUUCAUGGCUGUUAAGUCUAAACUAUGUUUUGACCCCCCAUCAAACAUGGCCAAGCCAGGUAACUGCCUCCCUGGGCAUUUUUGUAUUUCUCCCACAGAGACCAGGUGAAAUGCGUUACCGUGUUUUCCUCCCUGUUUCAAGCCCUAGUUGGGACGAUAAACCCAGCUGGGAUUUGUCUCCUGCCUCGCCAGGUGACGAGGAAAUUGCUGGAGGGAGGUUCCUGGGCUGACCCAGAGCUUCGAAGCACGGCUCCGAAAGGUAGUACCCUCCUCAGAGCUACCACCCCGGGGAGCGAGGUCCACCGGGACCACCCGCCCCGGCGCUGCUGCUGCGCGGAGGCUGCCGGUGCCACGGUACCCGCGGGGAAGGGAGCGCAGAGCAGCUGGGCCGCUCGACACCCGCUGGGGCAUCGGCUCAAGCGGCCGGGCCUCCGAGCACUGUAGCGGCCGCGGGCCGCCCGCUCCGGGAGGCGCGGGUGGAACGGCAGCGCCAGGGCCUUGAGGCGGGGAGGCGCCGGGGCAGAAGCACGCCUGGCCGCCCCGUCGCAGCGAUCCCGUGAGAGUACUCGGCGGCUGCGGGGAGAAGGAUUUGGGAAAGGGGAGAUUUCUCCGGGGAAGGUGGGCUGAGGUGUGUGAGGGAAGGGGAGCCGGCGGGGCGCCGGGGCGAGGAAGGCCCGCUCCGUGGCGCUCAGCGCCGCCGCCAGGCUGUGCCUCCCCCGCCCGUUAUAGGCCCGUCCCCGCUGGUGCGCGUCAGUUGGGCGCGAGGCGGAGCUGAGGAGCGCGGCGCGUGCCGGGAACGUGCCGGGCGCCGAGGCGGCUGCGAGGACCGAUGGAUCCCGAGGGCGCGGCCACUGAUCAGAUGCAAACAGAAUCUUCACCUUCAUGUCCCAACACUGUGUCACCGGUGAGGUUAAAUAAUCUGAUCGGUUCUCCAAGGUUUGGAACAGUUACUCCAAAUCGUGUCUUUGUUGGAGGAAUUGAUUUUAAGACUAAUGAAAAUGACCUGAAGAAAUUUUUUGCUCAAUAUGGCAGUGUGACAGAAGUGAAGAUAAUAAAUGACAGAGCUGGAUUCUCAAAGGGGUAUGGCUUUGUUACGUUUGAAACCGAAGAAGAGGCUCAGAAGAUUUUACAAGAUGCUAAAAAACUCAAUUAUAAGGAUAAGAAAUUGAAUAUUGGACCAGCAAUAAGAAAACAAGUGCGGAGUCCUAAUGCUCGUUCUGCUAUGACACCACAAGCUGGUACAAUGUAUGCAACUACUGCUGUAUCACCAGAAGCUGGUACAAUGUACUUGACCACUUCGAGUGGAUAUCCAUAUGUUUACCAUAAUGGAGUGGCUUAUUUUCAUACAUCUGAAGUCUCUCCUGUUCAGCAGCCAUGGCCAUCUCGCUCUGUUUCCAGUUCACCUGUGAUGGUCGCUCCACCUGUUUAUCAGUCUCCUACAUACCAUUAUCAGGCACCAACACAAUGUCUUUCAAGUCAGUGGCAGUGGUCUGUUCCACAGUCUCCUACCUCUUCACCUCCACUUCUGUAUCUGCAACCAUCUGAAGUCUUUUAUCAGCCAAUAGGAAUUAACCAGGAAGGUGGAUCUAUGUCUCUACCUCUCCUAGUGGAAGCUGCAGUUCCUGAGCUGUAUUCUGAUCAUGGAGUUCAAACACUACAUCACCAGCCCUAUGUCCAGAGUCACAUAGCCAUGCCUGCAGCUUCCUUCCUGUGUGGCUGAGAUCCAUCAUCUCCAUAACAGCUAGCAGCUGCCAGUUGUGGCAUUUGGGGAAUUGAGGUCGCAUUCUGUGAGAAGAAAUGUUCUGCAUCAUUCGUCUGUGAGUCUGAAACCUCAGUCUGCAUGAAGUCAUCAGUUUCAUCCAGAAAAAUUACAGAAUGGAAGAUAAAACUUCACACUACCUUCUA